AUGACAGAGAAAAGACAACAGUCUAUAGGGAAGAGGACAUUCCUCUACACGACAGAGAAAAGACAACAGUCUAUAGGGAAGAGGACAUUCCCUACACGACAGAGAAAAGACAACAGUCUACAGGGAAGAGGACGACAGAGAAAAGACAACAGUCUAGGGAAGAGGAAGAGGAACUUAGGGAAGAGGACCUUCCUACAGGACAGAGAAAAGACAACAGUCUAUAGGGAAGAGGACAUUCCUCUACACGACAGAGAGAAAAGACAACAGUCUAUAGGGAAGAGGACCUUCCUCUACAGGACAGAGAAAAGACAACAGUCUAUAGGGAAGAGGACAUUCCUCUACACGACAGAGAAAAGACAACAGUCUAUAGGGAAGAGGACCUUCCUCUACAGGACAGAGAAAAGACAACAGUCUAUAGGGAAGAGGACCUUCCUCUACAUGACAGAGAAAAGACAACAGUCUAUAGGGAAGAGGACAUUCCUCUACAUGACAGAGAAAAGACAACAGUCUACAGGGAAGAGGACCUGCCUCUACAGGACAGAGAAAAGACAACAGUCUAUAGGGAAGAUGACAUUCAUCUUGGUUGGUUCGGAGCACGUUGCCACGACACUUCCUGCCUCCUUUAACGAUCUGUUACCUCACUUCCUGGUGGAGCCUGACGAUGAGUACAUAGUGAAGAACAAGCCCGUCACCCUGAGCUGUCGCUCCACCCCGGCAACACAGAUCUACUUCAAAUGUAACGGGGAGUGGGUCCAUCAAGAUGAUCACCUGAUCGACCGCACCGUGGACCCUGCAACAGGUCUGCCAAUCAUGCAGGUGAAAAUAGAUAUCUCCAGACAGCAGGUUGAGAAGAUCUUUGGUCUGGACGACUAUUGGUGCCAGUGUGUCGCCUGGAGCACUACGGGAACCCAGAAGAGCCAAAAGGCAUAUGUCAGGAUCGCCUACCUGAGGAAGAACUUUGAGGAGGAGCCAAUGGGGAAGGAAGUCUCGUUGAACCAGGAAGUGUUGUUACGCUGUCAUCCUCCAGAGGGCGUACCACCAGCUGAGGUGGAGUGGCAGAGGAACGAGCAUGUGAUCGACCCGGUAAGCGAGCCCAACUUCUUGGUGACUGGGGACCGUAAUCUGAUCAUCAAACAGGCCAGGCUGGCGGACACGGCCAACUACACCUGCGUGGCCAAGAACAUUGUGGCUCGACGCAAGAGCUCCCACGCCACCGUUCUGGUCUACGUGAACGGAGGUUGGUCUACCUGGACAACGUGGUCGGCGUGCAGCGCAGUUUGUGGGAGGGGCUGGCAGAGGAGGAGCCGCAGCUGCACCAAUCCCACGCCGCUGAACGGGGGCUUGGCCUGUGACGGACAGAAUGUCCAGAAAAGCGCCUGCACCGCCACCUGCCCAGUAGAUGGAGGUUGGAGUGAUUGGUCUAAUUGGUCUGAGUGCGGAGUGGACUGUUCCAUGUGGCGCAGUAGAGAGUGUACCCAGCCCUCGCCUGGCACCGGGGGAAAAGACUGCCAGGGCAUCGACCUCCAGUCACUCAACUGUACCAGCCAACAGUGUCUACAGACUGCCAAUGGAGUUGAGGAUGUGGCCCUGUAUGUGGGUAUUGUAGCCGUAGCUCUCUGUCUGACCCUCAUCCUCACCGUGGUGGUCCUGGUCUACCGCCAGAAGGAGGGUCUGGACGCUGACGUAGCAGACUCGUCCAUCCUUACCACGGGCUUCCAGCCUAUGGGCAUCAAGCCUAGCAAGCCAGGUGUGUGGGCACCUCAGCACAGGGCUCCCCUGGCCCCCCACCCUCAUACUAAGAACUCCCAUCUGCUUACCAUCCAGCCGGACCUAACCACCACGACCACCAGCUACCAAGGAACCCUGCGCUCACGCCACGACGGCACCACACACACCGGCACCGCGAAGUUCUCAAUGACCAACGGUCCGCUCCUGGACCCCCUACCCAGCGGGUCGCACCACACCUUACACAACGGGAAGAUGACCUCUGACCCUGCGGAGUUUAUGACCCGCUUGUCCAAUCAGACGUACUUCAAGACGUUGCCGCGGGACGUGGCUAACACCUCGUAUGGGACAUUUAACUCUGGGGGUAGACUCACCAUCCCCAACACAGGCAUCAGCCUGCUGAUCCCUCCAGAGGCCAUCCCCAGGGGAAAGAUCUAUGAGAUAUAUCUCACUGCUCAGAGGAAGGAAGAUUUAAGGUUACCCCUGGUGGGCUGCCAGACCCUGCUGAGUCCCAUAGUGAGCUGUGGUCCUCCGGGGGUGGUUUUGACACGGCCCACAAUUCUCAGCAUGGACCAUUGUUCUGACGCCUGUCCUGAGAACUGGGCCAUCAGGCUGAAGAAACAGAACUACGAAGGAGUCUGGGAGGACGUCUUGAUGAUGGGGGAGGAGUUGAUCUCAGAGCCAUAUUACUGUCAGUUGGAGGCAGAGACGUGCAGAGUGUUCUCGGAGCAGUUGGGUCGUUUCUCUCUGGUGGGAGAAUCUCUAAACAUGUCCGCAGCUAAGCGUCUCCGUCUGGUGCUCUUCUCUGACGCAUACUGCUCUACCCUAGAGUAUAACAUCAGAGUCUACUGCAUGGAUGAUACACAAGAUGUCUUCAAGGAGGUGAUGCAGAUGGAGAGACAGCUAGGUGGUCGUCUAAUUGAUGAGCCCCACGUCCUGCUGUUUAAAGACAGCUACCACAACCUGCGCCUCUCCAUCCACGACAUGCCCCAGGCACACUGGAGAAGCAAACUGCUGUCUGGAUACCAGGAGAUCCCGUUCUACCACAUCUGGAACGGUUCCCAGCGGUUCCUCCACUGUACCUUCACCCUGGAGCGUCUCAACCUCAGCACCUGUGAGCUCACCUGUCAGCUGUGUGUCUGGCAGGUAGAGGGGGAGGGACAGAGCUUCGGUCUCGACUUCAACAUCGCCAAGGACAGUCGACCCCUGGACCCGGAGUUCCUGCUGAUGGACAAUAACCCUAGCGGGUCAGCUCUAGCAGGACCCAGUGCUUUCCAGAUCCCCUAUCUCAUCAGGCAGAAGAUCUGCAGCAGCCUGGAUACACCUUGUCCCAACGGGGCCGAUUGGAGACUGUUGGCCCAGAGACUCAAACUGGACAGGCACAUGAGUUUCUUUGCGUCCAAGGCGAGUCCCACCAGUGUUAUUCUGGAUCUGUGGGAGGCCCAACACUUCCACAGUGGGAACCUGAACCAGCUGGCCACCGUCAUGGCCGACAUCGGCAAACAGGAAGCUAUGAUCUUCCUGGUCUCAGACGGAGAGUGCUAG